AUGUCGGCACCUACCCAAGAGCCGCAUGAGGCAUUGGCCGCUGAUACCUUUGACGAUAGCGACUCGACUUUCUCUGGCACCGAUUCAGAAAGCCUGGAUUCACUUCGAUCAAGCGUCUUGCGGUUCCAAGAGGAGAAUGGACGAACAUACCAUGCCAUGAGCUCUGGCAAAUACAAUUUCCCUAAUGAUGCGUCUGAAAGUGAUCGUCUUGAUCUUCAACAUAAUCUAUGGCUUUUGACUCUACAAGGAGAGCUUGGGCUCAGUCCAAAGAUCAAAGAGCCUGCCAAGCGAGUCAUGGAUGUCGGAACGGGAACCGGUAUUUGGGCUAUCGAAUAUGCUGAUCUUCACCCAGAAGCUCAGGUCGUUGGCGUUGAUCUCAGUCCCAUUCAACCUUCAUUAGUCCCACCGAAUUGCGUCUUCGAAAUCGAUGACCUCGAGAAAGAAUGGACCUGGCCAGAGCCAUUCGACUUCAUCUUCUGCCGCGUCAUGACAGGAUCCUUCGCCGAUAUGGAGAAAUUCGUUCAAAAUGCCUACGAGCAAGUCAGCCCUUCAACAAACCACCACCUAACAUAUCCCAUCGCCUGCGAUGAUGGAACACUCCCCCCAGACUGCGAAGUUCUCCGCUCCGGUCUUCUUAGCAUCGAAGCCAGUGCCAAAGCAGGAAGAGCCAUUAAUCUUGCUCCCAAGUACAAGACCUUCCUUGACAAGGCUGGGUUUGUUGAUGUGGUGGAGAAGCAGUUCAAGUGGCCUAUUAACGAGUGGCCCAAGGACAAGCACUAUAAGGAACUGGGAAAGUGGUCUUAUGCUAACAUUAACAAUGGCUUGGAGGGUCUGUUGCUUGGAUUGUUUACGAGGUUCUUGGGCUGGAGUGCGGAUGAGGUCCGCGUGUUCUGCAGUGCGAUGAGAAAGCAGCUGCGCGAUCGAAGUAUACAUGCUUAUAUCCCGGUUUACGUGGUUUACGGAAGAAAGCCACUGGAAGAGCCUGCAAGCAAAGCUUAG